AACUGUUUGGAUUGAACGUUUUUUUUUUUAACUUGUCGAGUUUAGUCAUUUCCCAAUAUCGAUUGAGUUGAUAAGAAAAUUUAGAGACAAAAAAAAAUUGAGUUACCAUACGACGGAGGUGGCAUCACCGUGUAUAGAACGACAAAAUGAAUAUUCAUUGCAUGGACACAUGUGCAAUCCUAUUGCUUGCGGUUUCCCUGGCUACCGCACAACGCACCUGGAGUAGUAUGUUCGGUUACCAUCGUAAUGACGACUACAAUAUGCCAGCGGUUAUCGAGAUACCACUGCCGAAAGUUGUUCGAAUAUUCGACGAUGAUUACCCACAACCACAACGACGUUUCCAUUCAUAUGAUCCCUACGAUCAGCCCCCACCAGUCAUCUACUUACCAAGAGUUCAUGUCGUACCGGACGUUUAUGUCGACGAUUUACAUCCCUAUGCCCAUCGAUUUCAAGAACCUCCGUACUUGAGUCGUUUGUGGACUACGUUAUCCUACACGUACAAUACCAGACUGGUGCGAGUGAUUGACAAAGAUGAGACAAAGGAAACUGUUGCAGAUUCUGUUGGCAGUGCUAGUAACACAGUUGAGCAGCCAGCGACGAAGGGUACAACGAAAAAAGAAAAGAGCACAGAAAAAGCUGGCAGCGCUGAUAAGGGUAGUGUGAAAAAAGUGACAUCGAAACCUAAAGCAGAAGCAGUCACAAAGUCCGGUGAAAAGCCGGAUGACAAUAAAACGACAGGAUCCUCAACUAAAGUGGAAGGGACUAAAGUGUCUGAAAACAACGGAGAUGGUGUUGAAACUAAGCCGGUUGAGGAGGAAAUAAAAACCGAUGAUGCGACGAGUGAUUCUACUUCUGCACCAACAGAAAAUGGUGAUGGAUCAACUACUGAUGCAGUCGUACCUGCAGAUUAAACAAUAUCCUCAAUGGCCGGAUGACAAAAAACAUUUAAGAAACAAUUGAGUUGUGUUAGUAAAAGGUCAAUAAAAUC